AAGUCCUUGCGGCUUACGUUGAACAAUAAUAUUUGACAGUUUGAGGAGAACAAAAGCCCUUCAGGGGUUAAUUGGUGGCAAGGCAUGUUAUCGUCUGACAGUUGAGUUGAAAUACUUAAUGUCUUUACUCUUAAAUAUGAAAUUUAAAAAUAAUAUGGCAGAAAAAUUAAUAAAUUGCAACAACUACCCAUGCUAUUUCACGAUUAUUAUUACUCGUAAUGAAACCUAAUGUUAUUUUAAAGUUCAUUUCAAAGGCGCAAAGCAUUUUUGUAAUGUGAUUCUUUCUUUCUAGACUCCCACGUGAUCAUUUGCCGACUUUAAUUGUGUAUUAUCUGAACUUAUUAAACGCUUGACAAUCGUAGCCGUGUGAAUAAUAAUGAUACAAGCAAGUUUAACCACGUUUGGAAGUAGUUUAGAGAAUUAUACGUAAAGCGUAGCGUUAGAAACAACGCCCAGCUUAUUUCAUAUCUUUUAGAUCAAAGAAUUUCGUAUGAUUGGUAUUUUAAAUGCUAAAGUAAUCGACUUCAUGGCUUUGUUGUUGUACACACACGUCGUAUUUUUAUUAAAUGAUCGUGAUUAAUCGCUGUUGUGUAAAACUUUGAACAAGGUGGAUCAUUGUAGCAUUUAACGAUUUGGGGAUGCUAGGAAUAAGCCAUUGAACUUUAUGCUGCAUCGCAUUUGUCUUUGGGUGAAAUAACAAAAGAUGGGAAACUUGAAAUUGGUUCAAUUCAAAGUUGUUUCCUGUUGUAUGUGUGUUAUGUUUCUAUGUUUGAAUUACGUUUUGGCUGCAAGGAAAACGUUUUACGUUGAUGAAGGAAAAGCACCCGGAGAAUUUGUUGGGAAUUUGAACAGGAACAUUACAUUCCCAGUACGUCCAAAACCAAAAGAUUUCAAUUUCAGUAAACUUGGUUUAGUAACUUCAUCUGUUCGUUUAGACAGAGAACACAAAGCAUCUUAUACGUUUACUGUUAUUUUGAAAAAUGGUAGUUUUAUGACAGUGGAUAUACAUGUGAGAGAUGUUAAUGAUGAGUUUCCAACAUUUUCAUCUAAAAAUAAAACUGUGACUAUUUCUGAAGCACAUAGCAUUGGCUAUGUAUUUAAUCUUGAUUUAUACCUGUCUGAUAAAGAUAUUGGUCAAAAUACUGUACAGAAUGAUAGUGUUCAAAUCAUCAAUGGCAACAAUAAUGAUGUUUUUAAGCUUGAUCUCAAGAAACAUGGAAAUAUGUAUUCACUUUCUCUUGUGAUUUUGAAGAAGCUCAAUUGGACUCAACAGAGCAUGUAUGUCUUAAAUUUAUCAGCUUCUGAUAGAGGAAUUCCUAGAAAAAUAGGUUACAUGUCAUUGACUGUCCUUGUUGAAGACUACAAUGAUUGUUAUCCAGAGUUUUCUCGAAAAAGUUAUGUGGCUGAUGUAUCGGAAAGUGUUAAAAAGACUAUGAUUAUUCUCAAUGUUACGACAACUGAUUGUGACAGUGGAGAAAAUGCUGCUGUCAUUUAUAAGAUGAAUUAUAAGACUUAUGAUAAAAAUCAUUACUUUAGUAUACAGCAACAUGGUCGUACAGGUAACAUUUAUACAAAUAUUCAAUUGGAUUAUGAGAAAGUGAAAGUUUAUAAACUGCAGGUGAUAGCAAUUGAUAAAGGAAAAAUUCCAAAGCGUCGAGAAGCUUUAAUAACCAUUAAUGUUCAUGAUGAAAAUGACAACAAACCUGAAAUUGGCUCAUUUAAAUUUUUCCCAAUCAGAGAAGAUGCACAUAUUGACACAAAAGUAGCCGAGAUUCCUAUUAGAGAUAAAGAUUCUGGUGAGAAUAGUCGAUUAAAUGUAAGUGUAAGUCAUACAAGUUUGUUUGCAAUAUCAAAGAUUUCACAUGAUAUGUAUGGCAUACACUUAAAGGCACCACUUGAUUAUGAAAAGCAACAAAAUUAUCUUAUUGUUGUUACGGCUAGAGAUAAUGGAAAACCUCCUCUUAUUUCACAACGUUCUGGGACAUUACGUAUUUCUGAUGUUAAUGACAUCCGUCCCAGGUUUGACCAACCUUUUUACAAGAGGGAUGUAAAUGAGUCUGUUGUACCAGGAACUCCCAUUCUCAUGGUUACUGCUACUGAUAUGGAUGAAGUAUCUAAUAGAACUUAUAGUAUUUUAAAAGGAAACUAUUCGUUUUGGUUUUCCAUCAAUUCAUCAACUGGUCUUAUCUAUGUUGCUUCGUUUAUUGAUUAUGAGGAGUCAAGCAAGGUUCUUUUGGUUGUUGAAGUAUUUGAUGGCAAAUUUACUGCAAACUGUACUGUUGAAUUGACAAUCAUUGAUACAAAUGAUAAUCCUCCUAGGUUUUUGAAGUUGCACUAUGUUAUGAAAGUUUUAGAAAACUCAAAACCUGGAGUAGUUAUUGGUGAUGUUGAGGCCAAAGAUGUUGAUAUUACUUCACAAGGCCAUAUCUUUUAUGGGUUAAGUGUGUCUGCCGAUGAUAUCUUUGCCAUCAAGUAUACCACAGGUUGUAUCUAUGUUCUGAAGAAAUUAGAUCGAGAGCAAAUAAACGAGUACAAUUUUAGUGUCAUUGCAUAUGAUGAAGACAGUUUGAGCAAUAAGGCUACAGUUACUGUUAUAGUGGAAGAUGUCAACGACAAUCCACCAUUUUUUGAAAUCACGUCCUAUAAAGUUGAAGUGUUUGAAAAUGUAACUGUUGGAACAGAUUUACUUAAAAUGAAAGCUAGUGAUUAUGAUAUUGGUUGGAAUGCAGAGAUAUCGUAUGAAAUAACUUCUGGUAACAUUCAUGAUACGUUUUGUGUGGAUAAAGGUAAUAAUAUGUUAAGUUUGAAAAAAGAAUUGGAUCGUGAGACAACAGAUAGAUACCAGAUAAAAGUGCGUGCCAUUGAUAAUGGAGGAUUAACAUCACUUAAUUAUGCUACAGUAGAAAUCAUUGUAAAAGAUGUCAAUGAUGAUCCUCCUAAAUUCAACAAAGUUAGCUAUAGCUUUGAUGUUGAGGAGAACUGCAGUCAAACUGUGUAUGUUGGUAUGGUAUCUGCAAAAAGUUGUGAUAAAGGAUCUGGAGCUAUAAUCUCAUAUUCAAGCAAAGAUGCUCAGCAACAUUUUUAUGUGAACGAUUCUGGUGCUAUAUUUGCUAAACCAUAUUUGGAUUAUGAAACUCAAUCAAUUUAUGAGUUGUUGAUAACAGCUCAAGAUCACGGCAUUCCCCCCCUGUCUGGUUUUGUAAAUGUCACUAUUCAUGUUCUUGAUAUCAAUGAUAAUGCACCCGUUUGGGAUGAUUACAGUCCAUGUGUAAAAGUGAUGGAAGAUGAAGCUGUUGGUGUUGUAUUCCAUGUUUUUAAUGCAUUUGAUCCUGAUAGUGGUUUGAAUGCUAAGGUAUCCUACAGUGUUGUAUCUGCACCUGAAAACAUUUUCAGCUUAAAUUCUGAAAAUGGUCAAAUGACACUGAUUCAGUCUAUUGACUAUGAAAGGGUUCAUUUUUAUAAUUUGAUUCUCAAUGCUUCAGAUUCUGGUGUUCCAAUUCAAUGGUCAUUAAUAAAAGUAAAUGUAUGCAUUAUUGAUGUGAACGACAACAGACCAAUUUUGCAUAAUUCUUCUGUUACAAUUAAAGAGAGUCAUCCAAUCCACGAGUCAAUAUAUACUUUUCAUGCAGUGGAUAAAGAUAGUGGAAAGAAUGGAGAGAUAUGGUAUAAAUUUUAUGAUAUGGUAAACACAGACUUUUUUAAGCUUAGUAGACAUGGUGUUUUGUCUCUCAAAAAGCCACUUGAUCGUGAAAAACAAGAUAGACACAACGUGACUGUUCUUGCUGGUGAUCUCGGGUCACCAAUCCUCACAUCAUCCCCAGUAACCCUAACAAUCAUUGUAGAAGAUGUAAAUGAUGAAGCACCGGCCUUUACUAAAAAUUUUAGAUUCAUAACGAAAGAAGAACAAGCAAAUCAAACGGUAAUUGGCAAGGUCAAAGCUGUAGAUAAUGAUAUUGGCAGAAAUGCAGAGAUUGAAUACAGCCUGGUAAAUUGUACCGACUUUACAAUAAAUCCUGUUACUGGUGAAAUUAAGAACAACGUAAUAUUAGAUAGAGAAAAGAUUGGCGUUUAUGAAGUGCAAGUUAGAGCUUCUGAUAAAGGGGAUGUUCCACUACACAGUCAAACCGUAAUCCGUAUUGACGUUGAAGACAUUAAUGACAAUCUUCCAAAGUUUACAAAGACGCAUUAUUACGAAAGCGUUGCUGAAAAUCAGGUAAUUGGUUCGAAGGUAUGUCAAGUUAAAGCCUUAGAUAAAGACGAUGGUAAAAAUGGUGAAGUAAGUUAUUUCCUAAACACAGGCGCCACACAAGCUAAUGUUGAAAUGUUUCAAAUUAAUAACAUUUCCGGAAAUAUAUAUCUUAUAAGGGAACUGAAAAGGGAAGUUAAAGAACUUUUCGUAUUAAGCGUGAUCGCGUCGGAUAAUGGAAGUCCCAGUCUUGAAACAGUUUGUUCUGUUUUCGUCACUGUUCUUGACGUAAAUGAGUUCAAGGUUCAAAAUGACACAAUAUAUAUUUCUGAGAAAACUCCGGUGGGGUCUGUAGUGUAUUGGGCGAAUGCAACCGACCAAGACGAAGGUGAAAAUGGCAACAUAACCUAUUCCAUCGCAAAAAAAUCGUCAGUUUUCACGAUAGACACAAAAUCUGGUGGUGUUAUUUUAAACAAGACUCUUGAUUAUGAAAAAACUAAACAGUAUAGUCUUCAAAUAAAAGCAUCUGAUGGCGCUAAGAGAAAUCCAAAAAAGAACAUUCUUAGGUUAUACAUCAAUGUUCUCCAUUCAAAUGAUAAUAGACCGAUUUUUGAUGAAAAUCCUAUCAAUACAAACGUAUCGGAAGGUGUACCGCCGGGAACUAAGGUGCACAAACCAAUAAUUGCUAAAGAUAUGGAUUCUGGAAUAAACAGCCGAAUUUUUUAUUCCAUUGAAAGUCAGACUCCCAAAGCUGCAUUCAUAAUUGAUCCGUUACAUGGUCAGCUGAAAACAGAUGUGGAAAUAGACCGAGAAGAUGUGGAAAAAUAUUCACUUACUGUAAAAGCUGUUGACCAGCCUGGUGAUUUUUCUCAAAGAAAAUUCAGUACUGUUACCGUGAAUAUUUCUGUAUUGGAUAUAAAUGAUUGUGUUCCAACGUUUACAUCAUCAAAUGAGUCAUUUAUGAUGGAAGAUGAACCCGUAAACUUCACUGUGUUUGAGUUUACUGCUAAAGAUGAGGAUUUAGGCCAAGGAGGAAAUGUCUCCUUUAGCAUAGUUAAGGGAAAUGAGGAUAAGAGAUUUUAUUUAUACCCGUAUGGCUCUAUGAUCUUGUUGAAAGCACUUGAUAGUGAAAAAGUUGACAGUUAUGAAUUUCAAAUUAAAGCUACUGAUCAUGGAUCACCUCCGCUGUCCUCGACAAUCUCAUUUAAACUAUCUGUUAUAGAUGUGAACGACAAUAUGCCCAGUUUUGAAAAGUACAUUUAUGAAGCACAGGUGCUAGAGAAUAAAAUUGGUAUUCAUGUGUUAACAGUGAGAGCGACCGAUAAAGAUAGAAGCAAGAAAUUAACCUACAGCUUGCCAGCAGGUUAUUUUAAUGAUGUUUUCAUUAUUGACGAAUAUACUGGUGAAAUAUCUACAAACUUUCCACUGGACCGAGAAAAGAAAGAUAAUUUUCAACUUACUGUGUAUGUGAAGGAUAAUGGUGAUCCCAUUUACCUUGACAGGACGUUGGUGACUGUGCAUGUUUUAGAUGAAAAUGAUAAUCGCCCUACAACGCUAGACAACCAUCAUGAAAUAUUGGUGCCCGAAAACAGCCCUCUGGGUUAUGUUUAUACCAUAAUUGCUCAUGACUUCGAUCUAGGAAAUAACUCGCGUUUACAAUACAGCAUUUACGAAGGAGGUCGGCAUUUCUUUCAUAUCGACAGUAACAGUGGUGUUAUAUCAACUGCAAUUAAUCUUGAUCGUGAAUCAAUUUCAACGUUUGAUUUGCGUAUUAGAAUUAAAGAUCAGGGUAGACAAUCUUUAACAACUAUGACUUAUCUUUCAAUCCGUGUCAAAGAUGAAAAUGAUAACAGUCCCGAAUUCAAUAAAAGUGAAAUAUUUAUAAAACUGGCGAGUAACAGCCAACCAGGAACUGAAAUUACAACGAUAAAAGCAAAAGAUAAAGACGAGGAGUCAAACUCAUACAUCACGUAUAGCUUUGGUAGUCACAAACAAAUACCAUUUGGUCUCGAUUCCAGAACUGGUAAGCUGUAUACUUUAAAUUAUUUAAAUGCUAGCAAGCACGACUCAUACAAUUUCACUGUACGAGCAAGUGACGGGAGCAAGUCUGGAGCCCGUAGUGGAAUUAUAAAGAUAAAUGUUGUUGUCGAUCAGAUCACGGCCAUUCCAUUGCGGUUUACGAAAACUUUGUACAAGAUUCAUCUUGUUGGCAAAAUCAAGGCCAAUGUGAAAAUCCUGCAGCUACAACUAAAUAAUGAAUAUUUACAGCCAGGUGAUGUUGAGUAUACGGGUAGUGGUCAAAAAGUUCUUGCUGUUGGCUCUUUCAAUGGCAAUGUUAGUUUUACAGAAGAUCCUAUGUCUGGUGCUUACUUAUUUAGUGUAAAGGCUACUUUGAAAUAUCAACCUGAUAUGACGGCAGUUUGCUUUGUGCUUGUAACUGUAAAUCGUACUAUGUCUCUUGAAAAAUUCUCUCAAUCAUCAUACAGUGCAACCAUUGACGAAAACUAUCCCACUGGCAAAAUUGUUCUUCGCGUAAAACCUACGAAAUCCAGAAAUUUCACUUAUGAAAUUUUUAAUGGUAAUGAUUUUGACGCCUUUGAAAUUGAUACCUACGGUGAUAUCAAAGUGAAAAACAAAGAAGCUUUGGAUUAUGAAAGGUCUCAUAGUUUUCUACUUGAUGUGAAAGGAUGUUGGGGAAAUAACAUCACAAAUAUUAUUUUUACGAAAGUUUUGAUAAAUAUUCGUUGUGUUUACGACAAAGCCCCCGUAUGCAGACAAAAAGUGUUCAUUUCCCACAUUAAUGAAAGUAGUUCAAGUCACAUCUCGAGUAACCAGUUUGUGACAAAGUUGUUAGCGUUUAGUUAUAACAAUAUGAAAGUAUCGUUCAAAAUAGUUUCUGGAAAUGAAGACGAUGUGUUCUUACUAGUGUCGUCAUCGGGGGAUCUGUUUCUUAAAAAACCUGUUCGCUACGAAGAGAAAAAUUUUUACAACUUAACAAUUAAUGUCCUUGCGAAUUCUCUAUCAUCCACGUGUUAUGCACAUGUGCACAUAUCCGACGUGAACAACAAUGCGCCUAAACUACCUAAACAACUUCGAUUUACCAUUCACGAGAGCAGUCUACCAGGAAGUCAUGUUGGGAAAAUUAAUGCAACUGACAUAGACGAAUAUUCCUCCUUCACCUUUCAGUUUCAAAAUAAGCAGCAACGUAGCGGUCCAUUCCUCAUUGAUCGUUAUUCUGGUAUUUUGCGUUUAUAUGAUGCUGUCGAUUUUGAAAUGAAACAAAACGUUUAUCAUUUAGUGGUGAGUGUUAGCGAUGGUUUGUAUGUUGAUCAAACAAAUAUUACCGUAAUUGUUUUGGAUGACAAUGAUCAUACACCUGUGUUCGAAAAGUUUUCAUAUUAUGUAAAGCGGCAAGCACCAAUAGCCAAAGGCUCUCUUUUAGCUCGAAUCAAUGCUACGGAUGGUGAUGAAGGAAACAAUAAAUACAUUACUUAUGGUAUGAGUCCAAAUCAUGAAAUUGGAAUACAUAAUAAAACUGGUGAAGUUUAUACCUUAACAAAAAUAUUGUAUAACAAACACUUUGUCGAUGUUAUCAUUACUGCUAGGGACCACGGAUACCCCGAGCUGUACUCUCAAGUUCCCUUUCGCCUCAGAAUUCUAUUCGUGAACACCAUCCCACCAGAUCUUGAGAAUGUUACUCAAGCAAUUGUUCCGGAAAAUGCUGAAGUUGGAACCGAAGUUAUCAAGAUAAGACCGUUAAAUUCCUAUCUUUUUGCUCCUAACAAGCGUAUUUCAUUUCAAAUACUUAAUGGUAAUGCAUUGAAAAUGUUUCUAAUUGAAGAAAGAACUGGUAUUAUUCGUGUGAGGCGCACGUUGGAUCGUGAGACAAUAUCUCUUUAUAAUCUCGAGGUGAUAGCCAAGGAUGGUAAAUUGUCUGUUUCUAAUCGAAUAAAAGUGUAUAUAACGAUAGGAGACGUCAACGAUAACUCGCCAAUCUUUAAGAAAAAUCAAUUUUAUGAAAGUGGUUCGUAUGUCAAUAGAUUAAGUGAAGAUGAGAAGAUCGGUUGUCUAGUGCUUACUGUCGUUGCAACAGACAAAGAUAUUGGAAAUAAUGGUAUGAUUGGUUAUUCCAUAAGUUCUGGAAAUAGUGGUGGUUGGUUCUCCAUAAAUAAUUAUGGUAAUUUGCGUUUGGCCUCUUCUCUGGAUCGUGACGUAAUUCCAAUUCAUCGUUUAGCUGUUAGAGCAACUGAUCACGGAACACCGCCUAGAGCAUCUGAUAUAUCUGUAAUCAUUUAUGUGGCAGACGUCAACGACAAUGCGCCAAUAUUUGUUUCGCCCAAAGAUCUUGGUGUUAAAGAGAAUUCAGUGAUAGGUACAUAUGCUGGUUGUAUAAUUGCUAAAGAUAUGGAUUCUGGUGUCAAUCAAUCUAUCAAUUAUUCUAUUGUGGGAGGAACAGGUUUGUAUAGAUUUACAAUCGAGCGAAAAACUGGUAAACUUUUGACUUUAGUAGAGUUUGAUUAUGAGGAAAAAUCAUCUUAUACUCUGAUCGUAAAAGCACAAGAUCUUGGUUCUCCUCCGAAGUCCAACAAUGCUACUGUUGUCGUGCCCAUCUUUGGAGUCGACGAGUUCGAACCGAAGUUUGAGAAAAACAGUUACGAAUUCCUUGUGACUAUUAAGAAAAAGAAAAAUGACAUUAUUGGUCGUGUUUUUGCUUCGGAUAUGGAUGAUGGUCCCGAUGGUGUAGUCGUGUACAAUCUGCGAAACCCACCUAAUGAUUUGGUGGCUGUUAACAACUCAACUGGUGUUCUUUAUCUUACCGAGAACGUUGUCGAUUUUUUUAAACGUAAAAGACCAAAAAGGAGCACAGACGAUUUUGAUACAAAAUAUCAAUAUGUUAUUGUUGCUGGUAAUGGCAAGCCUGACUCAAAAACAAGCAGUGUUUAUGUGUCGAUAUUCUUUAAUUCUACUGUUCUUCCACCUGAAAACAACGAUUCUUCUGUCUCUGACUCAGUGCGUACGACAUACAUUGCAAUUGCUGCCGUUGUAUUUGCUGCUAUAAUUAUUCUUCUUAUUUUGUUCUUUUGGAAAUGCAGACGGAAAGAAGGAAGCGAUACGAAGAAAGCUAGCGAGCAAAUGGUUUUGAGACCACUGCCUUCAAAAAUAAGUACAAACUCAACGAGUGAAAACGGUUUAAUCAAUAAAUACGGGCAUGUGCCAACAAGUGGAUCAAACUCAUUGUCAUCUUUUAAUCCUGGUAGUAGUUCUUCUGACAAUAGUUGUGUGGAGACUAGUCGACUUAAUGCUUAUAAUAAGAAAAAAAUAAGCUUAAACAACACCGAUUCUGGAAUUCAAACCAAUUCACUUCUGUAUGAUCUACCUGACUCGAAUGUGCACCACAGUGACGGCGCAAUAUCUUACGAUGUUUGUUCGGACAGAACAGAUCACAUUGUUUCCCAUCUACAAAGUAUUGAAUCUCUUCACGAUUUUGAUGACGAGGGAGGUAAAGAAGCCAGUGCAGGUUUAGACGUUGGGAAUUUGCUUUAUGCAAAAUGUGCGGAGGCUGAUGCUGAGGAGAAUGAUGAGGACCGUCCUAGAGUGUUCAAGUUUGAAGGACGACCUGAUUACGCGGGCUCAUUAAGUUCUAUCCUUGGAAGUCAUGAAGAAUUACGUGGACAUUAUAAUGGUUUUUAUGAACUAAAUCAAGUUCCUCAGUACCAACCUCUCUCAGAAGUAUUUUCAGAAAUAGGUCGUUUACCCAUAAAUGAACUUGAAACUUCAAUGAAUGACGACAUUUCAACCCGGACAAGCAUGCUAUCGUCAAUAUCCUCACUGCAUAACCAACAUUUAGAUUGUGAAUUGACAUUUUCUUCCCUGCCUAUGACACCAAACUUUACACCAGCUUUUACACCGUUAUUAACAAGAUCUCCUUCGUUAUCUCCUUCAACUUCAGAAAUCACAACGCCAGUGGCAUCCCCUUCACCAUCCAGACCUUCGUCUAUGUUUCUACAACAUUUAAAACCAUCGUCCUCUCUUAUUCAUUUAGCUGAGCAAGAGGCCUGUAAAGUUAACUUGCAAGAAGAUGUAUGCGUGUGAGAAGCAUCAUUAUGCUCAUAAAUCUAUGUUUUUAAUAUCAGUGUAUUGUGAAAUAGUUUAAACAUAUCUCGCUAUACGUUUGUACAUCUGCUUUUAAAUUUUGACGUAUAGUAUUUUAUUUCUUGUAUUAUUUAGAAAAUCGUAAAAGCAAAGCAAUAUAUAUUAUAUUAAAUAUAGCAUUUUUAGAAAACCUUAUAAUACAUUUAAUAUGUUGGAAA